CCUCCCCUGUUUGCUUCUCUUGUCUCUCCCCCAUCCAAGCCCUGCUCAGCUGAGCUUUGAGAGUUGCUUGCUGCAGCAGCCCCCAAAGGCUAGAUUUUUCUGCCAGUCAAAUUCCACCAGAACCUGGGCAUCACCCUGAAUUCCCCCUUCCUUGGCCACCACUGGCUUGGAGGUGACAAGUCCUGAGGAAGGGGACCAAGGAGCUCUUGGGGAAGAAACUACAGGGGAGGGAAGAGCAGAAAGUUAGUGGUGGUGCUUUGGAAAGAUGGGGAUGCACCUGGAAUUGCUGAAGAUGUCCUGGGGAGCCUCUGUCCUCCUCUUCUGGCUCCUGCAGGAGGUGGCUUUGGGAUCUGAGAAGGAAAGACACAACCCAGGUUGGAGUCAAGAGCAUGUAUCCAUGCUGGGAUUAGGACCUCGGUCCUGGGAGCGAAAGGUGCGAGAAACCUCACCAGAUAACAAACGAACAAAGAUCAGCCAGGAUCUCGGUGGAAGAAGCUUAACUAUCGACACUUUGACAGACAACAAAACACAGAUUGUGGAAGACAACCAUAACUACUAUAUAUCCCGAAUUUAUGGUCCUGGUGAGAUGCGAGCCAAAGAACUCUGGGUUGAAAUAGCAGAAGCCAAUAGGAGCCAAGUGAAGGUCCAUGGAAUCCUGUCCAAUACACACAGACAGGCCUCGAGAGUGAUCCUCUCUUUUGACUUCCCCUUCUAUGGGCAUCACUUGCGACAGGUCACCAUAGCAACAGGAGGUUUCAUCUUCAUGGGGGAGAUCAUCCAUCGGAUGCUGACAGCCACGGAAUAUGUUGCCCCUCUUAUGGCUAACUUCAAUCCCAGCUACUCCCGCAAUUCCACUAUCAAAUAUUUUGACAACGGAAAAGUCUUUGUGGUUCAAUGGGACCAAGUGUACUUGGAAGGAAAAGAAGACAAAGGCUGUUUCAUCUUCCAGGCAGCUUUGCACAAUGAUGGCAGAAUUGUCUUUGGCUACAAGGAGAUCCCCAUACCAGUCUUGGAGAUUAGUUCUACACAACACCCUGUGAAAGCAGGCCUCUCCGAUGCUUUCAUGAUGCUUAACUCUGCUCCUGGUGUUCCUGAAUCCCACCGUCGGACCAUCUAUGAAUACCACCGAGUAGAACUGGAUACCAGCAAGAUCACAAGCGCAACAGCCGUGGAGUUUGUGCCCUUGCCCACUUGUCUCCAGCAUCAGAGUUGUGAAGUCUGCACAACGUCACAUUUAACCUUCAACUGCAGUUGGUGUCAUGUCCUGCAGAGAUGUUCCAGUGGAUUUGACCGACAUCGUAAAGAGUGGUUGGAAUAUGGCUGUGGCCUAGAGUCAGAACAGAAGACCUGUGCAGACUUUGAAGAAGAUGAGCAUUACUACUCCACACCUCCCAACACCAGUCCAUUCACACCAUUUGAAGAUUUCACGAUGUCUUCUUCCCACUUUGUUGACAGCCUAACUACAGAAGAUGAUACAAAGAUGAACCAGAUUCGGGAAGAUUUGCAAGGUGAACUCCCUGCGAAGAAAGUGGGAUUGCAGCUCCAUACAGGAACAAUUGUUGGUAUCGUCCUGGCUGUUCUGCUCAUUGCAGUGAUUAUCCUUGCUGUCAUUUACAUCAGCAGUAAUCCUACCUCCAGUGCUGCUUUGUUCUUCCUUGAGCGAAGACGACACCAGUGGCCUGCUAUGAAGUUUAGGAACCACUCGACCUACACUGAAGUGGAGGCAGCCAGCCAUGAGAAGGAAGGAUUUGUCGAAGCAGAUCAAUGUUGAGAAAUACAUCUGUUUUUUCGCUCUUGCGCCUUUAGAACAUCCAGCGUCUCCCGUCCAGCGUCUACUCUUUAUUUCACGAUGAAUUAUCUGAAGGAUUGGACAAGAGGGAAAGCAAAUACAGUGAGGAAAUCCCAAAAGUGAAUUAGGAACACAAGGAGCUGCCCUAUACUGUGCCAGAUCAUUGGUUCUUCGUUCUUUCCUGUCAUUUUUGACACUGACUGGCAGGAGCUCUCCAGAGUUUUAGGCAAGACUAAACUGGGACUUUCAGCAUGUAAGGCAUGUGCUGUGACCACUGAACUACAGCCCUUCGAUGGAUUUGUGAGAACCUAAAAGCAUGAAAAAGGCAUGUGAGUUUGGCAUAUGGCCGCCCGCUAGCAGGAAAAGCCAGUGAAGACAAGACUUUAUUGCAGAGUUAGUAGCAACACACUUCCUAUCUGGUGUCAUCCACAGCUGGUUGCAGUGCCAGUGAAAAGCUGCCUCUACCCUUCUUGCUUUUUACCAGCAUUGUAAUCAUGGUGGUAGUACUGUUUGCCACGGUGUGCUAUCAGAAGUACCACACGUAAUUUAGAGCAGCGGUGGGGAGAAAAAAGCAAGUGAAGCUGCCCUAAAGAAAGGUUAGGAGAGAGGAGAAACCAGACUUCCAGCUGAGAAUUGGAAUUUACCUUCUACAUAUCCCUUGGGAGAUAACAUUUUGGUUUUAUGGAUUAUCUUCUCGCAGAAUGGCUGGACAGACUUGCGCUCUUGCAGUAUCUCAGUGUCAAGCAAUGCUUAUCGAAUGCACCACCUGAUAUUUGUGGAUUGGGGAAAGCUUAAGCUGAGUCUGAAAUGCCACCUUCAUAUUUAUCUGUAAUGUCAGUAUAAAUUCAAGGCUGGAGAAGGAAAGCAUUCAUUAAAGAGGCCUUGCCACUGACAGUAAUCGCCCCAGUCGACAGCAGAGCCAGCCGGGGGAUAAAAUAUGUACCAAACCUGGCAUCAGACCUCCAAAAAAGGCACCACCACCACAGCAACUCAUCUUAUUUCUGCUGUGAAUUACUCUCUUCACCUCCCGACUGGCUCUAGGCUUCAGCUUUCCUUUGCCUUUACAGAAAUAGUCUUUUAAGAGAGAAUAGCAGUCAUUGAAACAAUUUUUAAGAGACAAUAUCAAUCACUGGUUUCAGUGGCAGAACUUAACAGGGGACUUAUCAGUGGGAAUCGGAAAAUGUAAUCUGUUUUUGGUGAAGCAAGGGUUAUUUUCUGUUGAUAAUUAAGGUAUUGGGGGUAUUGUUGUUUCUUGCUUUUCUAGUCAUGUCCUGGAUUUUCCAUAUUUUCCCCCAGCAUGACAGGAAGGUAAAGUUACAUUGAAAGAGAUGGUAAGCAUCCAUGAAAAUGAUACUGAACUAUUUUUUUAUCGAAUGCAGAUUCUUCUACCACAGAUAAUAUGGUGUAUUCUGAGGCACAGUUGUCAGUCUUACAUCCCAUCACGCUGCCCAUAUAAUGUAGUUUCAAAAUGCAGUUUAACUGCAUUGAACUACAUUAUAUAUCAGUGUAGAUGAGGUCUUAGAUUUUCCUCCCUGGCCAGCACCUUCUCACAGAAAAAUCUAAAAUGUUAUUUAUACCAUAGUAAGUAUUUGGAAAUUUUGAAAACAUGCAUGAGAAACACAAAAAAGGCUUUUAGCUUUGCUAGUUUUGCAUAUUUGCUGAAUUCCUAUUCACGUCACUGCAUAAUAUAACAUUUGCAUCUGAUUGCUAAUUCUAUCUAGAACUGACCCAGUGAAUCAGUGGAUUUUACUAUGUAUUGACUCCCCAGUCAAAAAUAGAUUCAGUGGGUUUGCUUUAGCUGGGAGUAACCAGUAGGAUACAGGAUAUGGUGGACAGCUCACAUCUCCUUCUCGGUUUCUCCAGAUGACCUUUCACAAGAAUAUGAUAUGGCAUUAUUUGUUUUGUGUUGUCCAUUCAUGAUACAUAUGCUUGUAGCUGUUUGCAACAGAAGAGGUAAGGAAAUGCUGAGAAGCACGCUGACAUUGUAUCAUGUGUCUGCAUUGACAAAACACUGCCAGGAAGCUCAGGAAAGACAUGCCGACAUAACUGCCAUGCAUUUAAGAUAAACAUUAGUUAGACCAGGAUAGUGUAAAGCAAAAUUGUUACAAAGUUUUAGGUUGUAUGUACCAAAUAAUGGUAAGCACAAACACAGUACAUAUUAGGUUUCCCCUUGACAUCAAGUCUAGUCAAGUCCGUCUCUGAGGGGUGGUGCUCAUCUCUAUUUCUAAGCCGAAGAGUUGGUGUUGUCCGUAGAUGCCUCCAAAGUCAUGUGUCCAGCAUGACUGCAUGGAGCACCGUUACCUUCCCACUGGAGCGGUACAUAUUGAUCUACUCACAUUUGCAUGUUUUCGAACUGCUAGUGUGGCAGAAGCUGGGGCUAACAGCGGGAGCUCACGCUGCUCCCCGGAUUUGAACUGCCAACCUUUCAGCCAGCAAAUUCAGCAGCUCAGCGAUUCAACCCACUGCGCCACUGCGGGCUCCACAUAGUACAGGUUGAGCAUCCAAAUUACUCCAAAAACUAGUAUCUUCCACAUGGGUGACUGUUACAGUGACACCUUUGUUUUCUGAUUAUUCAAUAUACACAAACUUUGUCAUGCACAAAAUUAUUUAAAAUAUUGAAUUAAAUUACCUUUAAGCUAUGGGCACAUAUUGUAUUGUAUAUGAAACAUACAUGCAUUUUGUAUUAAGGUUUGGGCCCUAUAUUCAUUGUGUACACAUAUACAAAUACAAGUAUUCCAAAAUCCUAAAAAAAUCUGAAUCUCAACAUACCUCUGAUCCAAAGCAUUUCAGAUAAUGGAUCCCCAACCAGGAUACAAUUGCAGCCAUCGUGAUUUAGUUGGAGAAAAAUAAAUCGGAUUUCUAUUUGUUGGUAGGGAUAUAUCCUAAAUAUUUACAAGUGUUUCAGCCUCAUUCCAUAUCUGAUCCAAAUCUGUUUGCUCAAAGGAUUUCUUUGGGACCAAGUUUGAUAACAUGGAUACAUAACUGCAUAGCCAUAUAGAGAGGCAGGUACAGCAAUGUGGAAUUGGUGGUUUUCUCAUGGUUCUGUCCUACCUUUAUUUAUAAAAGGUAAGGAAUGGGCAGGUAUCCAUACAAAGGUAGACACUAUCACUCCGCCUAAUUUCAACAGUAAAUAGUACCAUGCUUAUUGGUUUUCUUAGAACAACGCAUAUGAUGCUCAUGUAUCACAAUCACUGCUAUGCAAGCCUUGGUCUGUAGUGAAAAAGAGAUGGUUCAAAUUUUAAAAACAGGGCUGCCAUAUCUUUUUUUAACCAACCACUCUAAUGGCAAAUAGCUCAAACUCAUAGAGAAUUAAAGGAUGAUUUAGUAAAGCUGAGUAAAGCUUAAGACAUAGUUAUUCCUCUUUAGUCAGAUCAUGUUUACAUAUGAGGCUUACAUGUUAUUAUGUAGUGAUUUCAUUCCCAAAAUGGAAAUGUAAAAGACAGUGUUCUGCGGAGAUAUUUUGGAUGGCUCGAAAGGCUCUACCAUCUCAAUAUUAUUGUUGUAUAUGGUUAAAGUGCUGGCAUAUUACAAUUGCAGGAUUUGGAUGUGUUGAACAUAUCUGAUCCUAAAAGGCCUCAUGCAGGAACUAUAUGUUAAUAAGCCAUUUAGUUAAUACCUAUAGGGAACAGCCACCAAACACCAAAUGAUGAACUUCAUAGCAAGCUUAUGUUCUUUCUACAUACUUGAAUUUACAGCAUAAUUCACAUUAAGGGAAGGCAGACUGGGAAAGCUUGAGGCCUGAUAUUGACUAUGGAUUGCCUGCAUGGAAUGCAGUGUUAAUACUAAUAUAUAUAUGAUAAAAUAUUAAUAAGUUGUACUUUGGAGGGUUGCUUUGGUUUUCACAAUAAAAAUUGCAAAGUCAA